AUGUCCUCUAUAGCGUACCCGUCACGGAAAUUCGUGCUUCAUCCUGAAUCCGAGGCUACCCCCUUCAGGAGCGACGCACAUCGGGAUCCCCAUCACCCCGGGGAAUGGACCGAUGAUACAGACCAUGCGCUGUUGAUAUCAUUGUCCUGUCUACACAAGGACUGCAAAGAGCUCAAUGCACAGGAUUUUGCGUCACGGCUCUCGAUUUGGGUUCGAUUCGGGCUACUUGCGCUGGAUACGUUGCCCUUGGGCUUGGGACGGACUGUGGGCUCAAUUGUGCGAACAAAGACAUAUCUCGAUGACCCCGAAGGUACGGCAAGAUUGCAUUGGAAAAACACAAAUCAUCAUGUUGCACCCAAUGGAAGCCUUAUGCGAACGCACCCUCUUGGCCUUCUUUGUUUGAACAAGCCACUUCUCGACACAUUCGAGACAGCAGCUACGUAUUCGGUUGUCACACAUGUUGACCCCCGAUGCAUAACUUCGUGUGCUAUUGGGACUGCCCUUAUCCGAGGGAUUCUUCGCCAGGAAGUCCGCAGAGAAGAUGACAUUGACACCACCAUUGCCCAAGGCUUGUCGUGGUGGACUGGCUGCAGGGCUCGCCAGAUGCAAGACCCAGAUCGACGUGACGAACCAGACCUGGAUCUCGCCGAGUUUAGAAAACAUGCCAAUGUUGAGAAUCUUAGCAUGCUGCAACUUGACGAUGGAUACAAAAUUGGGUACGUUGACAAGACAUUCGGCUCUGGUAUUCAUCUCCUUCGCAUGGCGAUGCGAAAAUCUGCCGACUCGGGGUAUUCGCUAUCUGCCCAGUCAGCCAUGUUCGAGUCUCUGAUAACCGAUCUCAUUAUGCGAGGCAUUAUGCGAGGCGGAGAUGCGGACACGAACGCGUGCUUCGCUGGUGCUCUUCUGGGCGCAUACCUGGGAUACAGGGCGUCACCGCCGCAUUGGCGACACGGCCUGCGCCAUGGAUCGUGGCUCACGCAAAAGGCAGAAGGGCUUUGCCAACUGCUAGAAGUGACAGAAGGAAUCUAUAAGGGUUCAGACGACAAAGAGACCCGCUCAGAUGGAGGCCACGGGUUCCCGACAGAGAAGCAGAUGGAGGAGAAAGCGAUGUUGUUGCAGGCAGACAUGGCCAGAAGACAACUAGAGAGAACAAGGAUGGAAGAGCAGCAACAAAAGAAAGGCAAAGGCAUUGGCUGGUUGAAAUGGAAGUGA